AGCGCUUAAAUGACUGUUAUGGGACGAUUUAUGUGGCCACUGACUCACUCCUCCAAUAUAACUACUUGCAUCUUCGUUUCUAUCUUAAUUUCAGUCACCUCCAUCCUCAUCAUCCCCAUCGAAUACCCACGCAAUGGCCGCAGCUAUUGAUUUUGCCGAGUUGAUUGACGACGAGUCUCCGCAGAGCGAGAAGGACAUUGUUGAAAUCUUCGAGCAUGUCCUGACCUCAAGUAGUGAUCCUGCGACGGCGACCGCCAGGAUCAUCGACGACGUGCGUGAAUACUUCUGGCCGAGUGAAUCUGAACGGGUCGCGAAUGGAAAUCUGUGGAUUCUGUGGAUGAACCUCCUGGCUUUGGUCAUGAUGGUUCCCAUCGACCACCCCUGGCAUCGCGUCUUCAUUGAUGUUGUCGAUGGACUGCGACGUCGGGGCGGCGCAGUCACUGAAGCCGAGAACGUCAGUCACUCUUCUUCAUCUCUUCGAAUAAAGUUGACUGUUUCGCAGCUGCGUGGACCUAAGCUCCUCUGGGAAGACCUGCCGAAUCUGAGAAUGUACGUGUUUGACAAGUGGGCUGACCCCUCCGAGCUGGAGGAUUGCGAACCUGAAGAUAUCUCUGCGUGGAAGAGGUUCAACUCGUUUGCCUGUCAGCUUCUUACUCGCGGGUUCGCGCAAUGGACCGUCAUACCAUACUGGGAGAUACGUUUCGGGCUGGAGACGGCGCCAGAAGACGCGGUGGAGUUUGAAGUCAAGCUAUGGGUAGCGACCGAGUGGCUUAUCAAGGGUGCGCCGUUUAUGUACAGAGAAAUGACCUCGACAAGGCCUCUGGACGAGGAGGAGAAGAGGAAUACCCGCGCCGGUCCAUUAUGCAAAGACCUGCCUGGCGUGAGCCUCGAGCGAUGGGCCUUUUGGCGCUCGCGACUGUCCGAAAUUGCAAGCAUGAAAACCUUUACCAGGGUUUCAGCAUCUGGUAGCUCUGAGCAGGCUGCCUUUAGCGAUGAAUCCUACGCCCGCGUGGCUCAGGCUAUCGCUGCACUGGAUGCAGCUGAGAAGAACGGAAAGGACAGCAAGGUGAACGACAAAGGGACUGCAGAUGUAAUGGCGAUAGAGGCAGAUGUUGCUGAGGAGUAGGUUUAGGACUUUUGUUUGGCAAUUCUGUUGAUGAUAUCAUGCUUAAUUCAAUAUUUAUAACCCUGCUUCACAUCUGGGUGUCACCGGAUCAUUAUAACAGUAUAUAACACAGUAAGGAACUGUUACGGACAGCUUCAAUAGCAGAUACACUAUUUAGUAAUGCAGUUGCAUCGACGUC